AUGGCUACGGCCGUUUUGACUCUGCCUUCAACAAAUACCGGUGUGGUUGCUGGUUUGAGUACUCUGCCUUCUUUAAGUCCUGGUGUGGUUGGUGGGCUAGUAGUCAUGGGCAUGGCUACGGCAGCUUUGACUUUGCCUUUAACAAAUACUGUUGGGGUUGGAGGGCUAGUUAGGGGUGGCCAACCUAAAGAUUCAGGAAUACUACAUAGUAGUAGUAGUAGCAGUAGCAGUAGUGUGAAGCUGAUGCGUCCUAAAUCCGCUCCUGCUUUGAGAAUGAGGUGCAAGAGUAGUACUAGUACUAGUAGUAAUUCUAGUUAUUUCUCCGGACUCAGUAGGUUUAAUGCCCUAGAUAUGAUGGCCAGGCCAAACAGCCUAGACGACAUGGACUACUAUGCAAUGCCUUUUGGUUUCGAAAGUGGGAAGGGGGCUAGAAUGAGUCGAAGAGCUAACAGAUGUGUACCUAAAUCCACGUUUGAGCAGUUUGUGAACUCUUACCCUUGGGGAUCGGAAAGUCAAAAUGGGAAUGGGAAUACAGGUAUUCGAAAUGAGGAUACAAGUACUGGAAGAGGGCAUGAAACUCCAACUCUAGACGAGUGUGGGUCUGAUUUAACGAUGCAAGCAGCAGAGGGCAAGUUGCGUCCUGUUGUCGGAAGAGAAGAACAAAUAUUACUUAUUAUCGAAGUUUUAGGUAGGAUGACUAAGAAUAAUGCCUGCCUUAUUGGAGAACCUGGUGUUGGGAAGACUGCAGUUGCAGAAGGUCUUGCUCAACUUAUUGCAAGUGGCGACGUUCCGCUUUCACUAGCCAACAAGAAGGUUAUCAGUCUUGAUGUGGGUCUUCUUGUGUCUGGUACCAAGUACCGCGGAGACUUUGAGGGAAAAUUGAAGAUGAUAAUGGAGGAAAUAAAGCAAAGUGAUGGUCAAGUUAUUCUGUUUAUCGAUGAGAUGCACACGUUAAUGGGAGCAGGAACAGCAGAAGGAGGAAUUAAUGCUGCAAAUUUAAUGAAGGCGGCUCUUGCAAGAGGUGAACUGCAGUGCAUUGGAGCCACAACACUAGAUGAAUAUAGAAAGCAUAUUGAACAAGACCCAGCAUUUGAAAGAAGAUUCCAACCGAUCCAGAUCCCUGAACCAACAGUGGGUGAAGCCAUACACAUUUUGAGAGAGCUUCGACAAUUAUAUGAGAACCACUACAAUGUUCAGUAUACUGAUGAGGCUCUGAAAGCAGCUGCGCAGCUAUCUCAACGGUACAUCAGCGAUCGCUUUCUUCCUGAUAAAGCAAUUGACUUGAUCGAUGCUGCUGGUUCUGCAGUAUGGCGCAAGCUUCCUAAAGAAGCUCAAAUGCUUGACAAUAUUCUGAGGCAGAUAACAAAAGAGAAGUACAAAGCUAUUCGAAGCCAUGAUUUUAAGAAGGCUGAGAAAUUAUGUGACAUAGAAUUGGAAGUAAAAGAGAAAGGCAAGGAGAUUAUUGAGGCAUUGGAUCGCCUUACAACUGUUACUGAAUUGGAUAUUCAACAGUGUGUGUCCCGUAGGACUGGUAUUCCAGUUGACAAAGUGUCAACAAAUGAAGCCGAUCGCCUCCUCAAGAUGGAAGAGACCCUCCAUAAGCGGGUUAUUGGUCAGGAUGAAGCAGUCAGGGCUAUUAGCAGAGCUAUUCGUCGAGCUCGUGUUGGACUGAAGAAUCCUAAUAGGCCAAUUGCUAGUUUCAUCUUUUGUGGUCCAACUGGUGUUGGAAAAUCUGAGCUCGCAAAAACUAUGGCGACUAGCUAUUUUGGCUCUGAAAAAUCAAUGGUGAGGCUUGACAUGAGUGAGUUCAUGGAAAGUCACUCUGUUUCCCAGCUUAUCGGUUCUCCUCCCGGUUAUAUUGGUUACCAAGAAGGCGGCCAGCUGACUGAAGCUGUUAGACGCCAUCCUUACACACUGGUGCUUUUCGAUGAGAUUGAGAAGGCUCAUCCUCGCAUUUUCAACUUGAUGCUUCAAAUACUUGAGGAUGGAAGGUUGACUGACAGCAAGGGCAGAACUGUAGAUUUCAAGAAUACACUAAUCAUUAUGACGUCUAAUGUUGGAAGCAGUGACAUUGAGAACAAGUAUGGCAGUUACAAACAAAUUAAGGGCUCGGUAACAGAGAGAUUGAAGCGCCACUUUCGACCAGAGUUCUUAAAUAGGUUGGAUGAAACAAUUGUUUUCCGGCAGUUGACUAAGUUGGAGGUAGAGGAAAUUGCAGAUAUAAUGCUGAAGGAGUUUCAUGAUAGGCUUAAGUCCAAAGAGAUAGAGCUUCGGGUGACAGAGAGGUUCAAAGACAAAGUGGUUGACGAAGGAUACGACCCAAGCUAUGGAGCAAGGCCUUUAAGAAGAGCCAUAACGAGACUUUUGGAGGACACCAUGGCUGAGAAGAUGCUGGCAAAGGAGAUCAAAGAGGGCGACUCAGUUAUUCUCGAUGUCGAUUCUGAUGGGAAUGUGAUUAUGUUCACCAACAGCAGCACCUAA